AUGUCGACAAAGGUCUAUAAAAAGAACAAAGGAAAUACCGCGGAAAUUGUCCUGAAAGUUGAUGACGACUGCGAGAAUUGGAAGGACGGUGGCCGGGGAUGGAUGAUAUGUUUUGCAGCUGCAAUGGUGCAGUUUGUCGUCCUGGGUAUUCACAACAGUUUUGGAAUACUGUACAUUGUGUUUGUCAAGGAAUAUGGAUGGAGCAAAGCUUUAACUGGUAAGGGCUGAACUUUGAUUAGCGCAUGAUUAACAAGGGAUAUCGUUAGGAGGUAUUAAAAUCAAGUUCAUGUUAUCUCCGCAGAAAUAUCCGUUUUGGGGUGUUCAGAUUGUAGGGAGCGGCGCGAUUUAGCGAGGGAAAUCACGUGUUAGAUUUUUCCCUGCCUGGGAAAUGCAUGACUCGCGGACGGUUAGGGCAGGCAUACUAUCAAAGACUCAAAAUACUACGUUAGAAUAGUAUGCGUCAGGGGUGAAAGGUUUUUUAAAAAUGGGUUUUGACGCAAAGAAGACAGGGAGAACUUUCUGUCUGGAGCCAUUUAUAUUUCUUGCGAAAAUGCUAAAUGCUUUCGUGUGUGAUUUCAGUCAAGCACCUUGGUUUCCUGUGGGUACUUCACAACAACAUCGCUCGUCAUCGUACAGAUUAUUCAAGUAUAAUUUCAAUUUAGAUUAAGUACGGUAUAAUUUGAUAAGAGAUACGUUUUCAUACUCUAAUGAUUUAAAAUGAUUUAAUCUAGCUUCAUAUGAUCGUCACCCUACACUCGACAUAUAAGGCAUAAGGUGUUAAUCCCAAAAAAAGUUUGUUUUUGUCUGUGCGUGUGCCACUUAAUCUUUUUCCCCCCCUACAAAACAAACAAAAGAAACAUGUGAAUGCAGCAAGAGGUCGCUGGCUAUUCCAGUAAAAUUUGACUUGAUCGCGUCUUCGUGAGAGAAAAAAACAAGAAUGGUUUAGGACGAUCUACUACUAUGAUCUGAAGGCCUGGAACAAGAGCAAAACAACCCUGGUAUUUCUCUAUUUAGGACAAUGUGCAAAUUAAACUGAUGUUUUCUAUCAGAAAAUGGCUUAGAACAAGCUCGCGUAAGGCCAAUAAACCACAUUCUGUCUAGCCGCAAUCUCUAUAAAGACGUCUUUCCGAGUAUACUGUUGCUAUACUCAGCUCGCGUGAGGUCUUGCGGCACACCUCCAUGAUCUCUGUUCAAAUUUCCUAAUCGAGCUUUGUGGGAACGUUUUGCCGGCGCAUGGUUUUAUCGUAUCCUGCAAAAUAAAAUGAAAUGAAAAGGCAGGAAACCAGGUGGAAAAAAACGACCAAAAGUGUGCAUUUUUCAACAUGAAAAAAAAAAAACAGUUAUAACUCGAAUGAUAAAAAUAAAAAGAGGCUUAUUCCCCUGGGAAUGAGCCAGGGCAUUUAAGAUUUCCGGUAUGGAUACUCAAAACGUGACUUUUUUCACAGCCUGCGAGGUUGCAAGGCGUUAAAGGGGAGGGGCCAGGGAGGGCCUAGCCUGCGAAGCGCAGACGCGAAGCGACGACCGGAAAUGCGUCUGCGCUUCGCAGGCUAGGGAGGGCCAAAAAAAAGGGGAAUUCGCCCCUCUCCCUCCCCUCCCGUUCGCCUUUUAAUGCCGCCACUGACGCCUCUCUGGUCUCGCACACUUUUCAUUUGUUGUUCCGGCAGAAGAAGGGUGGCAACUUAAAUCUUUCACUUGCAAAAGUGAUCGGCGUAUAACUUCUCCUUACAAUAUUCAAUUCAUUGGCACACAGAAAGGUGAUGACUGUAGGUAAAUUUCUCAGCCAAUGGAUGCCAUAUUGAUAUAACCCCAAAUUCUCUUAACUAAUGCACAGUAAAAUGUAUGGCAGCGAGAAAUGAGAAUUACUGAUCACAUCGUAGGAGUCAAAGGCUUAAGCCUUCGAACCUCGCGCUAACUCGAACCAUGCAACGUCGAUUUCCCCUGGAUUUCGUUCUUACAUUUACUGUAGUUUUACCCUCGGUAACUCGAACCUCCCGCUAACUCGAAGUAAUGUUUUUUUCCCUUCAGAUCAUUUCUAUACAAUCCUACCUGCCUGUUUACCUAUAUGGUGUUCUCCCCUCGACUAGACGUAAAGGUAAUUUGUUUGUUUUUGUUCACGCAGGUUACAUAGGGUCUAUGGGACUGGGUAUGAACUUCUUUUUCGGCCCCUUCACCAGCGCAUUAUGCGAUCGUUACGGCUGCCGAGUGGUCGCCAUGAUCGGUGGGGUCAUCUCCGUUGCAGCAAUGUUCGCAACGUCUUUCGUCAACAGCCUCGUUCCCAUUUACCUGACCUAUAGCGUUCUCUGGGGAAUGGGCUCCAGCAUGAGCUAUGUUCCAACAUUCCUUAUGGUCGAUAGUUACUUUGAGCGGCGAAAGUCCUUGGCAAAUGGGUUCAUAACAGCUGGGAGCGCUAUCGGGGCUCUGGUAAUGGGACCCACUCUAAAUGCACUCUUAUCUAAAGUUGGUUGGAAGAACACCAUGAGGUUCCUCGGGGGCGUUGCUUGUAUUUUGGUGUUCGCUGCGUUUAGCUACAAACCACCGCCUGUGAAAAGAGAACCUGCGAAAAAGAAGAAACUGAUAGACUUGUCUGUUUGGAAAAAUAAAGGAUUCAUUGUCUGGGCGUUGGCACUCGGCAUAUUUAAUCUGGGUUACUUUGUUCCUUACGUCUAUUUGGUAAGUUUGAAUUUCCUUCUGUCCUUCAUAAAAAAACUUUUCUAUUUAUUGAAGACGCCCCCUUUAUUGAGUCGUUAGGUUUUCUGUGAUUUCGUGGGCAGUCUGUGCAUAUUUCUAAAGUGCUAGAAAUCGAGAAAAGAGGUUGUCUGUUUAUAGUUUAAUUUUGCACGUCAUAUAAUAACCUAAUUAAAGAGAAGAAACUACAAGGGAAGAAAAAUUCCUUCCUUUGUUCAAUAUUUCGCAGAUUAAUAUAUUUCUUUUCUAUUUAUUUCGUAGAUCAAAGCCUGAUCAGGAAAGUUUUGACUAUUCUUAUGCAACACAGCUAGUUGCGAAAUUCUUUAAGGCGACGCACCACAAUCUUUGAUUACUACUAGUAGAUAAGAGGAUAUAAUAAUAAACCGGAGUUAAUAAAAUACAUCGUCCACUUGAAAGAGAUUCAAUAUCUGCGACGUUUCUAUCCAUUGUUAACCUUCUUAAGGCUGAAAAAAUUGCUACGAGUUGUCGUUGAAACGUAGUUGAAAAAUUUUUGAAUUUUAAAUCCCUUUGUGGUGGCUAAUUUACCCUUCCCUUUCUAUUUAGCUGCAUUUCCUGCGUUAAACAGGCUUGAACACAUCUCUUCUUUCUAGGAGACGUCUUUUGUAUUUGCCCGGUUGUCUAAUAUAAUGCUUAGAAGGGUNGCAAAUGGGUUCAUAACAGCUGGGAGCGCUAUCGGGGCUCUGGUAAUGGGACCCACUCUAAAUGCACUCUUAUCUAAAGUUGGUUGGAAGAACACCAUGAGGUUCCUCGGGGGCGUUGCUUGUAUUUUGGUGUUCGCUGCGUUUAGCUACAAACCACCGCCUGUGAAAAGAGAACCUGCGAAAAAGAAGAAACUGAUAGACUUGUCUGUUUGGAAAAAUAAAGGAUUCAUUGUCUGGGCGUUGGCACUCGGCAUAUUUAAUCUGGGUUACUUUGUUCCUUACGUCUAUUUGGUAAGUUUGAAUUUCCUUCUGUCCUUCAUAAAAAAACUUUUCUAUUUAUUGAAGACGCCCCCUUUAUUGAGUCGUUAGGUUUUCUGUGAUUUCGUGGGCAGUCUGUGCAUAUUUCUAAAGUGCUAGAAAUCGAGAAAAGAGGUUGUCUGUUUAUAGUUUAAUUUUGCACGUCAUAUAAUAACCUAAUUAAAGAGAAGAAACUACAAGGGAAGAAAAAUUCCUUCCUUUGUUCAAUAUUUCGCAGAUUAAUAUAUUUCUUUUCUAUUUAUUUCGUAGAUCAAAGCCUGAUCAGGAAAGUUUUGACUAUUCUUAUGCAACACAGCUAGUUGCGAAAUUCUUUAAGGCGACGCACCACAAUCUUUGAUUACUACUAGUAGAUAAGAGGAUAUAAUAAUAAACCGGAGUUAAUAAAAUACAUCGUCCACUUGAAAGAGAUUCAAUAUCUGCGACGUUUCUAUCCAUUGUUAACCUUCUUAAGGCUGAAAAAAUUGCUACGAGUUGUCGUUGAAACGUAGUUGAAAAAUUUUUGAAUUUUAAAUCCCUUUGUGGUGGCUAAUUUACCCUUCCCUUUCUAUUUAGCUGCAUUUCCUGCGUUAAACAGGCUUGAACACAUCUCUUCUUUCUAGGAGACGUCUUUUGUAUUUGCCCGGUUGUCUAAUAUAAUGCUUAGAAGGGUUAUUUGCUCUUUCAGUCAAGGGAAGCAAGGGAUGGCGCAGUAGUGAGAGCGCUAGCCUCCCACCCCGGGUUCACUUCUGGCGUCGACGCCAUUUGUGGGUUGAGUUUGUUGUUGGUUCUCUCCUUUGCUCCGAGAGGUUUUUCUCUGCGUACUCCGUUUUUCCCCUCUCGUCAAAAACCAACGUUUCAAAAUUCCAAUUCGACAAUAAAUCAGGUAGACGAAGAACCACUUUGUGGAUGUGCUACCUCCAAAUCAUUUUUAUUUAUUUAUAAUUUAUUUGUUUAUCAACAGCCGACCCACGCAACCUACUUACAGAUACCCGAAUCCAAGGCAUCGUUCCUCAUCGGCUUUCUUUCGGUUGGUUCGUUAUUUGGUCGACUCUUCUUCGGUCAUAUUUCGGAUCUCCGAUGGGUCAAUCGUAUGUAUCUUUACCAGACAGCUCUGUUGGUGAUGGCUGUUACGACGACUCUAUGCCCGCUGGCCACCACGUACUACUGGCUGAUUGUCUACACGCUCUUGUUUGGAAUAUUUGAUGGAGCGUUUGUAUCACUAAUCGCUGUCCUCACCGGAGAUGUUGUUGGUCAUCAUAGGCUGCCUUCAGCUCUAGGGUUUUUAUACCUGGUAUUCUCCGUUCCAAUUAUGACAGGCUCACUGAUCGCAGGUAUGAUAUCAAGCAACAAAAUGGCAAACGGCUCACACAAUAACUAGCCAGUGGCUGGUCACCCUCGCUGCCCUUUUUGUGUCGUCACGAGAUGCUCCUCCCCCGGGGGGGGCACUUGGGUAUUUUUUGGGUGGGUAUGUGCCGCCCGGGACUCCAAAUUGGCACCCCGUUCUAGAAAAAUUUUCCCCUAAAAUUGAUACCCCGUUGUAGAAAUGGGCCAAUUUUUUAUACCUCGUUCUAGAAUUCGCCCUAAAACUGAUACCCCGUUCUAGAAAUGGGCCAAUUUUUUGUACUCCGUUCUCGGGUGCAACAAGAGUACAACGGUUUGCUUGUUAACGCAUUGAACCGUAUUUUUAAAAGCAAUCUGUCCUUGAAUACUUUCAAAUGGCUGCUUACAAAAGUGGAGCUUUCGUGCGUUCGAAAUAUUAUACCCCGUUCUAGAAACCGCCUCUGAAAUGGAUACCCCGUUCUAAAUCAGGAGCUUCAAAAUCACGACCCCUUUGGGCGGCACAUACCCGUAUAGGUAAUGUAUGGGAGUACCCCCCCCCGGGGCUCCUCCCCAACAGGACGUUGCGUGACGAGACAAACACGGUUGCAGGGGAGACCAGCGAGUGGCAUGACCGCCAACCUCGUUUCCAGAGCCCGCUAUGCUUUUGACCAGCGACGCCAUGGGGAUCUUAUGACAAAAGGGACCCAAGGGGACGAGGUUGCACGCCCGCCCAACUUACACACAGGGAACCCAGUGCAAUUCAUACCGGAAACUUAGCCUACGUGUAGCCGAACCCUCUCCCGACAACCUGUAGAUAUCCCCUUUCGAGAGAUAUUGUGUUUUGUAUUUGUUGUUUUAUCUCUUGAAUAAAGUAUUGUAUUACUGUAUUAUCUAACUUGACUAAUAAAAUGGCGCUUCGUCACUUGAAAGUAGGCAAGGCAAAAGUAGAAUAAAUCUUGUUUUUACAGCUGUUAAAAAGUGUUUGAUACCAUUUUCUGAUUAUUAUUCUUAAGUUCUUCACUGCGACACCAACAUUAUUUUGUUUUCUCAGGCUUCCUAAGUGACAUCACAAGUUCGUAUAACGAGGCUUUCUACUUCUCUGGUGCCGCCAUUGCUCUCUGUACAGGCCUGUUAUCAGUUGUUCCGGUUUUAACGCCCAUGAGAUCACGUGGCGUCAAAGAGAUGAAAAUGACCUCUGAUGAGCUCGGCAAAAAGCGAAGAUUUUCGUUCUUUGAAAAAUAUGUGCAAAGAUACUUAAGCUCUUCGGAGCCUGAGCCUUCUGAAGUUGAGGAUUACUUGUUUGUCGUGGACAAAAUCACAGCGGUGUGA